AUGAAUAUUGCAGUGAGUUACCGUAUUAUUUGUUUAUUGUCCGUGCUGGUGUCUGAAGUAUACCUUACUAUAACUUUGCGAAGGUCUCGGUUUAACCCUGAGCUCCGACGACAACAACAUAUUGAAUCCGGAGGCUUCCGACACCCUCUUCUCCGGCGCCAAUUUAACUAUAGACAAAAUGGAAAUCGACCAGUUACUAAAACUAUUUAUCACCAUGGUCAUUCACAUACGUACAUACCACGACUUACCAAUAAUGCUAAUUUAACCCCACAAGGUCCGCAGAGUUUGCGGAUAAAAAAUGGUGUGGAGUAUUUGCCAAAAUGGGUCGUAGAGCGUUUUCCUCAGGGUCGCCAGCAGAGGCAGUACGGAUUUUGCGAUAGACAGUAUGGCAUUAACACAAUGUUGUCGGAAAUAAAAAAGCUGUUCCCUGGCAGAUUUUCGUCUGAAAGACGUAUCCGUCUAUCUGAUCGGGAACGCAGACACAAACGCCAGCACAGACACAGGGACGAGCAGUGGGAGUUUAACCCCAGUAGCAAGAUCAGGGACACCAGCAUGUUAUCUGACAGCGAGGCAUUACGACUUGAUGGAAACACUGUCGAAGUGCAACGACCAUUGCUUCCAAAUAGUCAAAUAUUGGACAAUAAUAUACGACGCAAUAACGAGUCCAACAGAUUGUUGACGAGCAAUGAUAUCUCGACUGAAUCUCAGCCCCGUCCACAAGCUAGUCCUGCACAGGCAGCUAGACCUCUUGACACGAGUGCUUUCAGAUGUGAACCAACCUGCUGCGAAACGGAAAUGUUACACGUGGUUUACGACAACGUGACAAUAAACGGCGAAACAUACUCCGUUAUUAACCUGGAAGAUGAGAAACAGUUCAUGAACGUCGGAUUUUGUCCGGAGAGAAAUACGUGUACAUUUGGUAGCUGCUUCCAACAUUACUCAACCCAAUACGUCGUUAUAUGGAACAUAACAGUGGAUUACUGGCCACCAGUUGACCUGACGCCACACGAAUUUCCGUCACACUGUUCCUGGAUUGGAUAA